UUCACACCCUCUCCCUUUCCCGCCCCUCUCCCUCCCCUACAAAUUCUUCUCCCCCCCCCUCCUUAACCCUAUCUUCCAUCACUCUCUCUCUCUCUCUUGAUCGAUCCUCCACAAUCUAGAGAGACCAUGAAAGAAAUCUCUAAAUCUCCUGCGAGAAGAAACAACGACGGAUUCCACCGCUACUUAAAACCAGGGGCCCUCGCUCAGAUCCGAAACUCCAGAAUCAACUCCAGAUCAACCUCUCUCGUAUCUCUCACCCCAUCGCCGCCUCCGAUAGAUCCCCCGUCGUCCCCGUCCGCGGCGAACAAUCUGACGGUGGAUCAGGUGCCGCAUCUCCUGAGGAAGAUCUACGGCCCGUACAGUUUCCAGAGGAAGAAACUGGGCGCUGCUAGGCCGAUGAUGAUGAUGAUGAUGGCGAAUCUGAACAAUCCUAUUAUUGAAUCCAGCGGCGGAAGCGGCAGUGAUGUAAUUGCUCAUUGAAAUUUAAAACUUUGUAUAAUUAAUUAAAAUUCCUAUUUGUGUAAGGCGCUUGUGUUACUUACAAUUGGGGGAAUAAUGUUUGAUACUCCGUUAAGACUUUAUUAUAUAUAUAUAUGCAUCAUCUGUUUGUCAUUUAA